CGCGAGACGCAGGUGAGCUCGCGCUCUUAUUACCUUUCAACCCCCCCACAAAAAAAGGAAACGCACAUGGAAACGACAGCUUGGAUACGGUUUCAACAAUACCCGGUUCCGCGGCACGACUCCUACACCGCUAAUGUAACUUCUGGACGACUUUCAUGAGCCGACACUGACUUUUAACCAGCAAACCCAGUGACAGUCAUCCUCCACCAUGGCAAGCAAGGACCCUGUCAACCCCUCACAUGCUGCAUUCGACCUCUUCGUCCAAGCCCAGAGUUGUAAAGAUGUGAAGAACCACUUCGCUGCACUCUGCAGGCAACUGGACAUCGAUCCUCUUGAUUUCAGGAGUUUCUACAUCAAAUUAAAGGAAAGACUAAACUACUGGAAAGCCAAAGCCCUGUGGACCAAGCUGGACAAACGGGCAUCUCACCCAGAUUACAAGCAAGGAAAAGCCUCCACCAAAAACAAGUGUCUUGUGUUGGGUGCUGGGCCAUGUGGGCUGAGAACGGCCAUUGAACUGGCCCUGCUGGGGGCUCAGGUGGUGGUGUUGGAGAAGAGAGAGAGCUUCUCAAGGAACAAUGUUCUCCACCUGUGGCCCUACACCAUUUCUGAUCUCCGCGGGCUCGGAGCCAAGAAGUUCUACGGCAAAUUCUGCACCGGGUCGCUGGAUCACAUCAGCAUCCGUCAGCUGCAGUUGGUUCUCUUGAAAGUGUCACUUCUCCUCGGGGUGGAGGUGCACACCGGAGUGGAGUUUCAGGGCUUGAUUGAGCCCUCGGGAGAAAACGGUUGGAUGGCCGAGCUGCAGCCGGGGUCUCAUCCUGCUGCGACCUUCCAGUUUGACGUCUUCAUCUCUGCUGGAGGAGGCAGGUUUGUUCCAGAUGGUUUUAAGCACAAGGAGCUGAGAGGCAAGCUGGCUAUCGGCAUCACAACCAACUUCAUCAACAGACACACGGCCGCAGAGGCCCAGGUGGCAGAGAUCAGCGGCGUGGCCCGCAUCUAUAACCAGAAGUUCUUCCAAGAGCUGCUCACUGAGAUGGGUAUUGAUUUGGAGAAUAUUGUCUACUACAAAGACGACACCCACUACUUUGUCAUGACUGCCAAGAAGAAGAGCUUGUUGAACAAGGGGGUCAUCAAGCGGGACCACAGCGAUGCAGAGGAGCUGCUGGCUCCUGCAAACGUGGAUCAUGAGGCGUUGUGCCGCUAUGCCCACGAUGCUGCCUCCUUCUCCACCGGUGGCAAACUGCCCGAACUCCAGUUUGCUGAGGACCAUGCCGGCCAGCCCGACGUGGCCAUGUUCGACUUCACCUCCAUGCACCGUGCUGAGAAUGCCUCUCUGGUUAGGGAGAGGAAGGGGAAGAAAUUGUUGAUGGGUCUUGUCGGAGAUUGCCUGGUGGAGCCUUUCUGGCCCCUGGGCACAGGUAUUGCCCGUGGGUUUCUAGCUGCGUUUGACACAGCGUGGAUGGUGAGGAGCUGGGGCAUGGGGGUCCCACAUCUCAAAGUCCUAGCUGAGAGAGAAAGUAUCUACCAGGUCCUGUCCCAGACCACACCAGAAAACACCAGCAAAAACUACGCUGGUUACAGCAUUGACCCCAAAACGCGGUACACAAGGGUCAACCUCUCAUCUAUCCAUGCCAACCAGGUGCAGCACCUCUACGAUGUUGAUAAAUCCAAUCCAUCGAUCAAGAAACAGAAGAGCCAAUCGUCUCCCAUGCGUCAAGAUUCAGUCAAUGGUUUUGAGGAGUUGUUGAGAUGGUGUCAGAAACACACCGCGGGUUAUGAGAAUGUGAAUGUAAAUGAUUUUACCCAAUCCUGGUGCUCCGGGCUGGCUCUGUGUGCUCUGAUCCACCACUUCAGACCUCAGCUCAUCAACAUGUCCUCCUUGGAUGAAUCCAGUGCUGUUCACAACCACCAACUGGCCUUCAGUGUCUUGGAGAAGGAGCUGGGCAUCCCGCGUGUCAUGUCUGCCAGUGACUUAACCAAAAGUGGUCAGAUAGACAAGUUGUCCAUGGUCCUCUACCUCACCCAGGUCCAAAAUGCCUUCACUGUGCCAGCAAAAGACCCUGCAGCCUUCCUGCCGUUGUCCAAGCCGCUGACUCUCUCCCGGGCACAGUCGGCUGUCUUUUUCCUGAACAAGCUGAAGCACAACUCUCUGCAAAGACGCAAGGAAAAGCUGGCGACUGAGAAAAGAAAAAAAGAGACGAGGAUGGGAGAUAAGGACAGUACGGCGGUGCCUCCUGUGUCCCCCGAGCUCAGUCCUACACCUGAUCCGGCUCUUGAUCCUGAGCCUGAGCCUGGUGCUGGUGUGUCGAUGAGAAACAGCGAGGAGUGUUACUUCUGUGCUCAGAGGGUCUACGUGCUGGAGCGCAUCAGUGCCGAGGGCAAGUUCUUCCAUCGCAGCUGCUUCACCUGCCAUCGGUGCGCCAUCACUCUCCGACUCGGCGGAUACACCUUUGACCAGACCACAGGGAGAUUUUACUGUGAGCUGCACUCUGAAGAACUGGAGCUGGAAGACGGGGCUGAAACAUUUUCAAAGGAUAGCGAAGGAAAUCAUGGAGGAACACAUGAGGAGAACAGGCUUUCCAGUGAGGAUUAUACACCAUCUCCAUCAGAUGAGGAGUUUGAGCAUACUCUGGACUCUGGUCCCUCUGCUCAGUCACAUAAACCUGAAGGACGGGAUCCCCAUAUACUUGAAUCCAAAGAGGAUUCCCAACAACCACACACAUUAAAAACUCCCAUACAUCCUCCAUCUAAAACUGAGGUGGCAGCACCCACCGAGGAAGAGACCGUGUCCUAUCCUGUGCCAAAGCCCCGCCUCUCUCAGCAGACCACACCCAGCCCUCAGCCCUCUCCUCCAAUAGCAAAACCUCGCUCAAUCCUCCAUUUCAACCCCUCGGCACCAGAACAGCGUUCAUCUCCAACCCCUACAAAAGAGAUCUCCAUGGCAACACCAGACUCCCGUCCGAAGCAAUCACUCCGAAAACUUCAGCUGACCGUCGAGGAGAAAAGCCAACUCGUGAACCUUCAGAGCCUCAGCGUGGACUCUGACUCCGAGACCCCCGGCGGAUCCUCCUCAUGCUCCUCUUCCUCUGCAACCGCAGGAGGUCCAAGCCCUCCGAAGCCAGAAGGCCUGGAUGGGCAAGAAGAGGAGGGCUACUGGAGUGGGAGCACCGCAGGUCACAUCCGGGGGAAUAGGAAUCGACGCUGCUUCAGGAGGAAAGAGAUGCCAAACGGGCAGACCAGGGUACGAUCCAAGUUCUCCCCCUGGAAUCUCUCUUCUCCGAGAUUCAGCAGAGACAAACGGCUCAGUGUCCUCGUUAAUCAUCCAGGGAGAGUGGAAACCACAUUCAGGCACGCACACAGCACCUCGGAAGAGGGUGGAGAUGAUGAUGAUGACGAUGACGAAGAUGAGAUGUUUGAGCGAGAUGAUGACUUAUUUGAUAAAUUUCAGACGGUGCCGUCGGACCCUGUUAUGGCUGAGAAGAUGGAGUUGAUGAAGAUGAGGACGCUCGAGCGGCGGGCCAAGAUGAGCGAAUUACAGCGACUGCGCAAAGCCCAGUCCAUCCAGAGGAGACUGGAGGAGAUUGAGGUGACCUUCAAGGACUUGGAGGAUAAAGGUGUCGUGCUGGAGAGGACGCUGCGUGGAGAGGCUGGCAGCAACGGCUCUCCGGAUAUGAUUGAGCAUUGGAUCCUGCUGGUCCACGAGAAGAACGCGCUGGUGUCCGAGGAGUCCGACCUCAUGGUGGCGUCUCGUCAGCUGGAACUCGAGGACAAGCAGAGCAUAUUGGAGUUGGAGCUCAGGAAAUACAUGGAACUGGAUGACAAGACAUCGGAGCAGCAGGCAGAAGAAGAUCGGGUCCUCCAACAGAUGCUCGACGUGGUGGACAUGAGGGACUCCCUGGUGUUGUUUCUGGACGAGAAGAGGCUGAACGAGAUGAGCGAGGAGCAAGAGGCCUUCUCCAUCAAGGAGGCCAAGCGGCACUCGAAGGCGGGAGCUCAGGUUCACUGGGCGUAGGGCUUUCCCGCUCACGCGUACUCCGCAUGAACCUCCCGAGACGUGCGGCUUUCAGACCUGAGACGCAACUUCUGCAAAGCCAAAGAUGUUACAGAAUGGUUGAGGAUGGGUAAGCGCCCCUCUUUAUACAACGAGGAGAAAGCGUUGAGGCUUAUGGGCCAGAGGCCGAGUGAAUGUGUUGCAAUCUUCCCCCUAGAGGGAGACAUAAGCCUGGGGAUCUGACGCAUUCUGCUCCCGCUAAGCCCAGCCUGAUGGUGUGGUCAGAGCAACAGACCGCGGAAGGAAAAUAGACCCCUACCUGUACACUCGGGCGACCACCACACGGCAGAUAAUUACUACCUCGCCUUGAUGUGGUGUCAGAAACGUGCGAGUCCUGUGCCAAACCAAGACGAAGCAGCAUGGGAGUGCAGCGGUGGGGAAGCGGCAGUCGCUCUGGAGACGUAGAGGUGGGUCGAGGACGAAAGCACACGACGGAUGUUGGUUUUGAGAAAUAUUUUAAUGAACACGUACACGAUUACAUAAUAUACAUAUAAUUCAAUGUUUAAUAUUUGUACACUGAAUAAACUCCAGAGAUAUGAUGGUGGAGGAAAAUAAGAGAGCUAGAUAACAUUUUACAAUUAAUAAAUUCCACGAUUUAGUAUUCAUGAUUACAUUUUUAUUAGCCAGUUUCCUUUUUCGUUUAUGGAUUUGGUAGCGCUCCCUGCUGUUCACCGUGUCCUUUUAACGAUAGCGCGUGGGAUAAUAAUCUCCGGGGUGGAUGACUGUCCUCUUGGGUCAGCGUUGGGCUCUUGCGCUCUUCACCAGCCCCCCCCCCCAAUGAAAAAAGACUUAAUGGACCGGAUCAUCUAUUUAGAAAUGCUAUCUUUUAUCUUUUGCAGGUGUUCCUUUUUUAUGUGCUGGCAGAAAUGGCAAAAUUGAGUCAAAGACCAUUUCAUUGUUAGUAUAAAAAAAAAAAAACAUUUUAAUAGAAACGCCUUAUGCAUUCAUUGUUCCGCUGCCAUUGUGUGCCGCCUGGACGGCACUUCACAGUAUAUCAAAUAAAGAUCAUGCACUUUGA